GGGGGCCAAUGCCUCUGGCGCAAAGCCCUCUGGGGCUUGUAGUUCCUGCUGAGAGUGGGAGCAAAGCAGCCGCUAGUAGCCGUUCCCACCCCAGCCCUCGCCUCCCAGCUUGUCUCCACGACCAGCGCAGGGUCUACCAGUCCGGCCCCUCGGGGUCCGUCCAUCCCCACCAAGCAACUGUUGAGGAUGCUCUGACCGCGUGCAGCCAUGGCCUCAGCAGGGGCCGAGAAGCGGCCAGGCACACAGGAGGAGACGGCCGUGGGGCCAGCACAGCUUGCGGAGGCGCUGGGUGGCUGCGCUCGGAGCUCUGAGUGUCCAGUGAUGGGAGAACAGUGCCUGGUGCCAGCCCAUGGGGCCUGCCAGACCCAGAGUGCAGACAAGUGUCCAGCAGGAUCAGUCUCAGAGCCAUUGCUCCAGCAAGAACGACUCAAGCUGGAGGAAGAGAGGCUCAAGCCAGAGGUGGAGGCACUAGAGGAGAGAGGCCCCAGGGCUAUGGGCUCUACUGUGAGGCCCAGUCAUGGUCCGAAGAGGAAGCUGGUCAACCUCCCAGGACCUAGUCACCAAGCCCAUCCUAGGGCUGAAGCUGAGCUGCUACAGGGGCUGCCACUGCAGAGGGAGGAACCAGAGAGUAGCCAGAGUGAGCCAUCACCGUCUGCCAAACAGCACAAAAAAGCCAAGAAGCGCAAGAGUCUGGGGGCCCCAGUGCUCCCAGCUAUGGCCAGCACAGUGUCUGCACCCUCAGAGACCAUGGGGCUGGAGAGAAAGGCCCAGCGCCUGAGGCCCCUGUACCAGUACAUCAACUAUUGCAACCCGGAGUUGAACCAGGCAGGGGAGGGGGACAGGGAGGCAGAGGCCGAGGUGGACCCUGAGUUGGAGCUGACCCUGGUUCCUGAGGAGGCAGGUGUGGAGCAACUGCAGGCCUUGCUGCACGUGGCAGACUGUGAUUCCCCAAAUAAGCUGCCUGAAGAGGAAGAGGCUGGGAAGAAGGGUGGAGGACUCCCCAGUGCAGGGUUUGAAGCCUGACUGGUCAUCUGGAUUGCCCAGGAAUUUGACAAAAAUAUAGAUUUCUGGGCACUAUCUCACACUUAACGGAAUCAGAAUUUACAGGCGUGGGGCCUUGUUCUAUGUAUUUAAAGGCUCCUCAGAUGAACCUGAAGGUCUGAUAGGAGAACAGUGGGGAUGGAGAGGGAGGUGAUAAGGAGGAACUUGGGGCAGAGAAAGGAAAGGGACUGUCAGGUCAUGGGAAACAGGUACUUGGUCUUGCUCCAUCUCCCAGGGAAGGGGCCUGCAUUUGGUCUGACCUCGAGGGGGCCAACACUUGGGAUUCCUACUCUAGGGUGGCACAGUUGACUUAUCAGUGCCAAGAGUGGCAGCUUUGAAAUGCUUUCCACUUAUUGCUAGACCACAACUGAACCAGACUUUGCCCCCAGAGUGGCCCCUGGUGAGAGAGGCAUCGGUCCCUUUUUCCCGGCAGGCAGGGGAUGAUGAAUGACUGCUGCUUCUUGCCCUCAGGGGUCUCCGGGAGGAGGCAGCCAGUGUUAUUUUGGAAACCCUCAUAUCCUGCUGCCUCCUGAUCUUCCUACAUGUCCCUGAGACACCUUCAACACAGGGAAUUCCAAAUUAAAUGAAUAAUUUCUCCCCCCUCCAACCUGCUUUCCCUCCUGUAUCUCAUCUACACAAAUGUUCAAGCCAAAAUCCUGAGUGUCACCCUAGACCUCAGACCUUAUCCUGCUCAUUGACUCCUACAAGCUAAUCAGGUAUCAAGGCUGGUAAAUCUACCCUCUCAGACUGAGACCCUCUUGGACCCCAUGGUCAGCACCCUUGCCUGGGACACUGUCAUCUCUGGGCAAGAGCUCACUAGUCUCCCUGCCUGUGGUCCCUUGCCCCAGCAAUCCUGCUACAUACCCCUGAAUCCCUGAUGGUGUUGCUUCCCCUCUAGCACCCUGCUCCUCUUGCCCCAGCUGCCUGUAAUUCCCUGACCAGCCACACCUUUUCUUACCUUCACUCUGCACGUGGGGCUUCUCCUGUCUGAAAUGCCUUUAUUCUCUCAUCCCUCCACCCAGCUAGUGCACACGUACCCUCGAAGACUCCAGGCAUCUUGCUUCCUGCUGAGUUAGGCAGCACCCAGUAUUGCCCUGCAUUGUAGCAUCUACAUAUACUAUCACUGUGGGUUAUAAUUGUCUCCAGGACUAGACUGUGAACUCCCAAGGGCACACAUCACCACAUUACAUCACCAAGCAGAGGGCCCCCAUAAAGGCAUCAAGAUCAGGAGACCAAGGUGGGGAGCUGAGGAAGCUGCAGAGGGACAGGUCAGGAUCUGAAAGGCUGAGGCCAUCCAAAGUCCAGAACCAUGUGUGGGAACCCUGGAAUAAUGGCCUGGUAAGGUCAUCAGAAGGGAUGGGGUGGGCAGGCCCAGAUGGAAGAUGUAGGAAGAAAAUGGGGACCGUCCUAGGCUGCUGCCUCCUUUAGGGGUCACUUAGAUGCUCACCAGCCCCAUGGCAAAGCCACAGGGCAAGCCAUGGGAUGAGGAUAUUUCUUCUUUCCGCCUACAUUUUUCCCUGGGGAGUGAUUUUACCACCCCAGGAGAUACUGUCUAUAGGGAUGAACAUGGAUUCUCUGGGAUUUUUCAGAGGUAGAGGGCUCUUCAGAUAAAUGAGCUUGACCUCCUCACUAUGGCUGAGGAAGCAGAGGCCUGGAGAGAAGUGGCCUUGCAUGAGACCACACCCUGGGCCCCAGGGAGGCCCUGCCCUUUCCAGAGCUCUGCAGAUCUGUGGACCUGGGAGCUCUCUGGCUAAGGCCUGACCCAAGAAGGCCAAGCAGAUGCUUUCUCUGUAUGGUCUCCAGGGAUAGAGGUGUGGGCCAGGUCAGCACUGAUAAGGAAGCACUGUUCUUAUCUUUCAACAGGUGAUACAGAAAAUAGUAACCAUAUUAGAAAGAACCAGUCUACAUUUCCUGAGGCCGAUUACCUGACAGGCUUGUCUAAGGAGGGUGGGAGAUAGGAGUCACAGAAAGGUACAAGUCACCACUACUGCUCCUAGAAGCUCACUCUCAGGGGGAAAUGCUGAGACAGCAUGAUAUAGGGAGACAGGUGCCAUGGAAGAGCUAAGGACCAAGGCCAUGGGACCACAGGUGAUGGGGGUGACUGACACUUUGCCUAGGGGAGAAGUGGUGAAGAGGUAGCCCUCCAGCUGACUCCUGGAGAGAGUUGGGUGGCCUUCCAGGCAGAGGCUAUGGCAGGGAUGAAGCCUUGCUAGUGUGAAAGAUGUUGGCCUCAUGCAGGAGGGCCACAUAGGGUGGCUGAAGCAGAGGCAUGGCCAUCAGGAGACCAGGUUGGGUGAGUCUGGGAGUGAUCAGAGGGGUGAAGGCAAGGAGGGAUCUUGGCCUGACAUUUUGGAAGAGGUCGUUUGGGCAGCAGUGUGAAGGGCAGAACGAGGGAGACUGGGGACAGGCAGGAGACUGCUGCCAUUGUCUGGGUGAGUAUGAGGCCUAGAUUUGGUUGGGGGUUGGAAAAUAAGCAACAGGUAUUUUGGAGUUCUUUUCUAGUUGCUCUAUCAGAGAGGUAAAGCUAACUGCAUUUUCACUGGUUUGGAAAAACUUAUAUUUAUUUUUGACCCAAGGAAGAUCCUGAGAUUUGGGAAAUAGGCCAUGGGAGGUGAUGCUGCCUACCUCCAGGAGGGGGCACUGCAGGACAAGCCUGGAACCAGUUGGGCUCAGUCGCCCCUGGGGACAAGCACCCUGCUGGCUUCCUUAGCCACAGGCAUCUGGGCCACUUCAAGAUACAUCUCCUCUCCCGGACCAACCCAAGACACAUACAAAGGCAAAGAUGUCUGAGAGACGGCCAUGGGUCUGGCUCUGGGGAGUGCCAACAGAGGACCUGGGGUCCUCAAUAAGCCCACUGCAGUCUGCCCCAGGACUUCUAGGAAUCCAUCUUUGUAAACAAGAGGUUUGCUGCAGAGUCCUGAAAAACCUAAGAAGUUCCACUGUGGGUCUGCAAGAUGGCCCUUUCUUAAGGAACAUCUGAGUCAAACACAAUGGAUGCAUGUGCCUUCUUGGUCAAUUCCCAAAUUUAGGAGGGAUUUAAACAUCCUAGUACAGGGCCGGCCCCACAGCAGGGUGGUUAAGUUGGCGCACUUCACUUUGGUGGCCCAGGGUUUUGCCAGUUCAGAUCCUGGGUGUG